AUGGGAGCAGGCAAUGACAUGGAAGAGAAGGCUGAGAAGCGUGUCGGCUUUGAGAAGGAUGACGAUGCUCAUUCGAGUGGAAGCGACGACGAUUACCAAAGAGCAGUAGAGGUCACCUUUGAUCCGGGAAAUCCGUAUCGCCGCAAGAGCUCUCUGGUCACUUCUGAGGUCUCUCGCCCGUUGCCGCGUCAUCCAAGCAAGAGAACUGAGUGCAUCGUGCAUCAGUUUCUCGAGAGCCAGAGGAAAGCUCGCGAUGCGCACGCAUCUGCAAGCAAUCACGGCUCAAGAUCCAACUCAGUAUCCAGCACCACCAAAUCCGGCUCUGAACACCAUUUCCAUCACGGCCAUCCAGUCUAUGAAAAUCCUCAUCGGCAGGCAGGCGCCAAGGACGUAUCCGGCGAAACGGGCAUGUCCAAAACGGUCGAACCCAAGGGCCGAGUUGCGAAGCAUAGAGCCGCAAUUCUUGCCUCUGACAGCCCGGAGGGCAGUGACGUAGGCCAGAUUGACGAGAAAUCCUGGCGCACCGAAAUCAUCAAAUCGCCCUCUCAAAUAGACCUGGCGCAGUCUGACAACGACGAUGAGCUCCACAGCCGGCUUCUGACCAAGAAGCAGCUCAGUGAGAUGGCAUGGGGGGUGCGCGAGCUAAGCCGGAGAUUGAGCAGCAUGCGCAUCAGAUUCCGUGUCAAGACCAUCUUUGUCUUGACCAAGAUUCACGACCCGGACUUGAUCAUUCGCACCAGGGAGCUGGUCAAGUGGCUGCUGUCUCAUGAUCGAGACGUUGACUAUACGGUAUACGUGGGAGAAAACUUCAAGGAGAGCAAGAAAUUCAACGCUCCGGGGCUUGUCGAGGAGCUGAAGAAAGAGCACGUUGAGGCUGGACGAAUGAAAGUUGAUGACAGCGAUGAAGUCCUGUCGAAAAGACUGAGAUACUGGAACGAGGACAUGUGCCGGAACAGGCCGCACAUGUUCGACUUCGUCAUCACCCUAGGAGGCGAUGGCACUGUCCUCUACGUCAGCUGGCUCUUCCAGCGCAUCGUCCCCCCAGUGCUCAGCUUCUCACUCGGCAGUCUCGGGUUCCUCACCAAGUUCGACUUUGAAGAUCACAAGUCGAUUCUGACCAAUGCUUUCAACAAAGGCGUCACGGUCAGUCUACGCCUACGGUUUGAGGGGACCAUCAUGCGAAGCCAGAGACGAAAGCAAUUGCAGCUUGCCGACGGCGAGGAGAGCUCCAGUCAAGAGGAGGACUUUCGCAACCUCGAUCUCGUUGAGGAGCUCAUUGGUGAGGAGAGGGAAGAUGAGCAUACUCACGUCCCAGACGGAACAUUUGAGAUAUUGAAUGAAAUCGUGGUGGAUCGCGGCCCAAACCCAACAAUGUCAUACACUGAAAUCUUCGGUGACGACGAACACUUCACUUCCGUCUUGGCAGAUGGCAUCUGCGUUUCGACCCCAACCGGUUCGACCGCCUACAACCUGGCGGCCGGCGGCUCUCUCUGCCACCCGGAGAACCCCGUCAUGCUCGUAACGUCAAUCUGCCCCCAUACACUCUCUUUCCGCCCCAUUAUACUUCCAGACACGAUUGUGCUGCGAGUGGGCGUCCCAUACGAUGCAAGAACCAACUCGUGGGCCAGCUUUGACGGCCGCGAGCGCAUGGAACUAUACCCCGGCGACUAUGUCACGAUAAGCGCCAGUCGGUACCCCUUUGCGAGCGUCCAGGCCCAAGGCCGCCGCAGCGAGGACUGGGUGAACAGCAUCAGCGGGAAGUUGGGAUGGAACACGCGGCAGAAGCAGAAGGCUUACAAGGAAUGGGAUAGGUAG